GGAUCGAGCGGGACGCUCCGUCCGCGCGCGCCACAACCGAUUUCCUCACAGCGCGUUCGAAAAGCACGAAGGACUUCUGAACACUAGUCUAGUAAAUUACGUUUGUUUUUUCUUCUUCUUCAAUCCAGAGGAGGAGCGCACUCGGCCAAGGAACUUGACAGUCAGUCUUGUCUCGAAAGUUUUCGCUCGUCUGGACCAACUUUUUUUAUUAUUUAUUAUUGCAGAGAGAGAGCUGCGAGUGCGAAGGAGGCGGCCGAAGAAGGGGCUUGCAGAGGUUCGCCAUGAAGGGCGCACUGCUGGUGCUGUGUGUGUUACUGCUCGUGGUCACGGGACCCCUCACUUUGGUCUGUGCCCAGACCAGGGAUCAGAACCCCAAGGUAGACCCCCAAGAUAGGCCCCCUCGCCCCACAUCGCCGAUGCAGAAACCAUGGGGUGACAAGGAGGCCAUCCCCUUCAAUAGCUCGAACCCUUGGACCCUGCGCCCCGGGCGCGCCAGACCCCUUCCCCCAAUGUGCACUGGUCCGACUGAGAUCAGGGACACCUUCAAAUACAUCAACACGGUGGUGUCAUGUCUGGUGUUUGUGGUGGGAAUAAUAGGGAACUCAACCUUGCUCAGAAUCAUCUACAAAAAUAAAUGCAUGAGGAACGGACCCAACAUUCUGAUCGCCAGCCUGGCCCUGGGGGACCUGGUCCAUAUUGUCAUUGAUAUACCCAUCAAUGUGUACAAGCUGCUGGCUGAAGAUUGGCCCUUUGGAGUGGGCAUUUGUAAACUGGUACCGUUCAUCCAGAAAGCGUCUGUGGGGAUUACCGUGUUGAGCUUGUGCGCGCUCAGCAUCGACAGGUAUCGAGCUGUCGCCUCCUGGAAUCGCAUCAAAGGGAUCGGCGUUCCCAAGUGGACAGCGAUAGAAAUCACUUUGAUAUGGGUGAUAUCAAUCAUCUUGGCCGUGCCAGAAGCCAUCGCCUUUGAUAUGAUUGCCAUGGACUACAAAGGGGAGCAUCUGAGAAUAUGUUUGCUUCAUCCAAUGCAGAAAACCCACUUCAUGCAGGUUUACAAAUCAGCAAAGGACUGGUGGCUCUUCAGCUUUUACUUCUGCAUGCCCCUGGCCUGCACAGCCAUCUUCUACACGCUCAUGACGUGCGAGAUGCUCAAGAAGAACGGGAUGCAGAUUUCCCUCAACGACCACCUCAAGCAGAGGCGCGAAGUAGCCAAGACCGUGUUUUGUUUGGUCUUGGUGUUUGCUCUUUGUUGGCUGCCAUUGCACCUCAGCCGGAUCUUGAAAUUGACCAUUUAUGAUGAGAAGGAUCCCAAUAGGUGUGAACUACUGAGUUUCUUCCUUGUCUUGGACUAUAUUGGCAUCAACAUGGCGUCCGUGAACUCGUGCAUCAACCCCAUCGCUCUGUACAUGGUCAGCAAGCGAUUCAAAAACUGUUUCAAGUCGUGUCUGUGCUGCUGGUGCACAUCCCCUGAGAUCCUGUCGCUAGAUGAGAAGCAGUCGUGCAUCAAGUCCAAGGCAAACGAACGCACCUCGGACCAGAGCAACUCGCGGUCCACCAACAAGUACACGUCCACCUGAGGGGAGCGACAACCCAGCUGUGGAGUUCAGUAUUUGUGGCCCUUCAGCCUGGGAGAAAAUAAGCGUGUACUUAUUGUUUUUUUAUUUACUUAUUCCCAAAGAGAAUAGUAAGCUGGAGAAAGGAAAAAAAAGGUAUACAACCAGUGCCUUAAAAUAGAGUUAAAAAUACCUCAUAUUUGUUAAUAUGAUGAAACCAGCUGGAGAAGAAAGAAGCCAAACAUCCUGUUGGCAUAUGUGUUUGUUUUUUUUUUUUUUUUUUAAUUCCUUUACGAAUGAAAUGUGAUCUUUUUGAAAAUGAGAGGAAAAACUGAAGACGUUAUUUUACAACUUUUUGUUAUUUUUAUUUGAUUUUAUUUACAUUGAAAAGACCC